AUGGCUACCAGCACCGACGGGCCGGCGGCCGUCACCGAUGCCACCACGACCGACUCCACGACCACCGACAUGUUGUACCUGGAUGAAAAAGCCGGGCGCGGGCAGCAACGCGGCGCUCAAAACGACGGCGACGAAUACGGCAUCAAAGCCGAGUCCACGGCGCAGGUCGUGAACCGGAGCACCGACGUCGGCCCCAUCUACGACGGCCCCAUCUACGACGACGAUGACAACAUGUUACCGCCCGGCGUCGACGCCAACAACGUCGUCUUUUGGGACGGCCCCGACGACCCAGAGAAUCCCUACAACUGGAAGCCCUGGAUCAAGGUGUUUAAUUGUGUCUUGAUAAGCGCGCUGACCUUUGUUACGCCUCUAGCAUCUUCAAUGUUUGCUCCGGGCGUACCAAAGCUCAUGCGCGAGUUCAAGUCGGAUAGCAAAGAACUCGGCGCCUUUUGCGUCUCCGUCUACAUUCUCGGCUUCGCGGCCGGCCCGAUGCUCUUUGCGCCGCUGUCUGAACUCUACGGACGGACGCGCAUCUACCACAUUGCCAAUGUUGGCUUCAUCGGACCUUUCCUCAUCGGCUGCGCCCUCGCACCCACCCUCAACGCCCUCAUCAUCUUCCGCUUCCUCUCCGGCGUCCUUGGCUCCUGCCCCGUCACCAACGGCGGCGGCAGCAUCUCCGACAUGAUUCUCCAGCAGCACCGCGGCGCCGCCAUGGCCGGCUUCUCCAUCGGCCCGCUCCUCGGCCCCAUCAUCGGCCCCGUCGUCGGCGGCAUCGUCGCCGAGCGUCUCUCCUGGCGCUGGGUCUUUUGGGUCCUCGUCAUUCUCUCCUCCUUUCUCUCCCUCAUCUUUUUCGCCUUUUCCCGCGAAACCUAUGCGCCCGUGCUGCUCCAGCGCAAGACGGACCGCCUACGACGACGACGACGUCGCCAACAAAACAACAACAACAAUAACAACAACAGCAACAACAAUACGGCAGCGUUGCUUCGCUCCAAGCUCGACGCUGGGCUCACUCCGCGGGAGCUGUUUCUGCGCGCCAUCCUUCGACCAUUCAAGCUGCUCGUCUUUUCGCCCAUUUGCGCCAUUUGCAACGUCUUUGUAGGCAUCGCGUACGGGUACCUGUACAUUAUGUUUACGAGCAUCACGCCGCUGUUUGAGCAGCAGUACGGGUUCGAUGGCGUGCGCGCGGGCCUCGCGUUUCUGGGCCUCGGCGUCGGCUCCAUGCUGGGCGUGGCGUACUUUUCGUCGGCGAGCGACAGAUAUAUCAAGAAAAAGGCAAAAGAAGCGGGCGAGCUGGCGGUAGACGACGACAACGACGACAACGACGACGAUGGGGAAGAGGGCAUGACGCGCCGUAGACCUAGCGUCGGCGCCAUCAAGCCCGAGUACCGCCUCCCGCCGCUGCGUCUCGGCGCUGUACUGCUGCCCGUCGGGCUCUUCAUCUACGGCUGGACUGCGCAGUACAAAGUACACUGGAUCGUGCCCAUCAUCGGCACCGCCAUCAUGGGAGUUGGAAAUCUCGUCAUUUUCAUGCUAUAUCUCGUAGACACAUUCACCAUCUACGCCGCCUCCGCUCUCGCCGCCAACUCGGUCGUGCGCUCGCUCCUCGGCGCUGUCCUGCCUCUCGCCGGCGGGCCCAUGUACCAGAAGCUGGGCCUGGGAUGGGGCAACAGCCUGCUGGCAUUCAUCGCCGUGGCUCUCAUCCCUGUUCCGUGGCUGUUUAUGCGGUACGGCGAGUUUUUGCGCAAAAGGUUUGCCAUUGAGAGUUUAUAG